GUUGCUGCUGUGGCUGGCCGGCUGCUCAGGCGAACGUCAGCUCAGUGGCCAGCAGCUCAGUCUUCUUGAGGCUCAGGAACACCUAGCAAAUACCUGCUCUGUUCCUGGCACGCUAGACUCUAGCUGAGGAAGGCAUUUCACGUAAGUUUAUGGAUUAAGCAGUCCUCACUAUGCCAUCAGGUGUGUUUAUGCUCAGUGGAAAAGGAUAGCUGCAGUAAAGGUAAAGGUUAAGGGACCCCUGACCAUUAGGUCCAGUUGUGACUGACUCUGGGGUUGCGGCGCUCAUCUUGCUUUAUUGGCCGAGGGAGCUGGCAUACAGCUUCCGGGUCAUGUGGCCAGCAUUAUUAAGCCACUUCUGGCGAACCAGAGCAGUGCACAGAAACACCAUUUACCUUCUCGCCGGAGCAGUACCUAUUUAUCUACUUGCACUUUGACGUGCUUUCGAACUGCUAGGUGAGCAGGAGCAGGGACCGAGCAACGGGGGCUCAGCCACGUCGCAGGGAUUCGAACCGCCAACCUUCUGAUCGGCAAGUCCUAGGCUCUGUGGUUUAGACCACAGCGCCACCCACGUGCUAUGCAAAGAAGUGCUUCCAGGUAGAGCUGGGAAGAGACUGUUAUAAGAAUUCUAAGGUUCCCCCCCAAAAAAUAAACAUUCAUAAAUGUACAAGGCAAACACGUACAUAAGUAUAUAAACAACGUGUCUGAAAUAGUAAAGGAGAGCAAUCCUGAAGUCAUUUUGACUCUUCCAAACCAUUUUGACUCUCCCAAAUUAACCUCAAAUAAUUCUCUGCGCGGAGGAAGGAAAUGGGAAAGCCUCUCCAUUGUACAGUGGUACCUCGGGUUAAGAACUUAAUUCAUUCCGGAGGUCCGUUCCUAACCUGAAACUGUUCUUAACCUGAAGCACCACUUUAGCUAAUAGGGCCUCCAGCUGCUGCUGCGCCGCUGGAGCACGAUUUCUGUUCUCAUCCUGAAGCAAAGUUCUUAACCCGAGGUACUAUUUCUGGGUUAGCGGAGUCUGUAACCUGAAGCGUAUGUAACCUGAAGCAUAUGUAACCCAAGGUACCACUGUAUUUUGCUUACCUGUCUUAAGGAUGUAUUUGUGUAUGAAUAGGGUGAGCCUGUGACCUGGAUUCAGCAAUUAAAGUAUUUACCAUCACAAAAAAAUGGCCAGGCUGCCAUGUAAAGCAAUCAGUGACCAUUGUCAGGUAUCCUGGCAGACAGGAUUUCUGCUGUAAACAGCCUCCUGUGGUGUAUUUCUGCUGUAGACCCGCCUCCUUUUGUGAUGUAUGUAGGAUGCUUUAGGGAGUGGUCUUGAGCUACAGGGUGGGCAAUUUCAAGAGUCUAUAUAAAGGGCUUGCGCACCAUUGUUCUGGGUUCCUCCUCGCUCCUGCAUGUGGUGAGUGGGGACCCUGUUGCAACAGUUUAAUAAAGAUCAGGCUUACUAGCUGCUUUGCUUCUCACUAUUCUCUGGUUGGCCUCUGUUGUUUUCUCCUACUGAUAGGGAACCCACUUAAGGACUCUAUAUGUGUUCUUUUCCCCAUAAGGGAAAAGCAGCAGUUUGUUUCUUCUAACAAUGUUGUUGUUUAGUCGUUUAGUCGUGUCUGACUCUUCGUGACCCCAUGGACCAGAACAUGCCAGGCACUCCUGUCUUCCACUGCCUCCUGCAGUGGUCAAACUCAUGCUGGUAGCUUCAAGAACACUGACCAACCAUCUCGUCCUCUGUCGUCCCCUUCUCCUUGUGCCCUCCAUCUUUCCCAACAUCAGGGUCUAUUCCAGGGAGUCUUCUCUGCUCAUGAGGUGGCCAAAGUAUUGGAGCCUCAGCUUCAGGCUCUGUCCUUCCAGUGAGCACUCAGGGCUGAUUUCCUUAAGAAUGGAGAGGUUUGAUCUUCUUGCAGUCCAUGGGACUCUCAAGAGUCUCCUCCAGCACCAUAAUUCAAAAGCAUCAAUUCUUCGGUGAUCAGCCUUCUUUAUGGUCCAGCUCUCACUUCCAUACAUCACUACUGGGAAAACCAUAGCUUUAACUAUACGGACCUUUGUUGGCAAGGUAAUGUCUCUGCUUAGUAUCUAACAAUACUCUGCCUCAAACCCUGCAGACAUGGGCCUAACCAGGAUUUUUGUUGAGGGGGGCAGAACUUUUUUUAGGGGGAGGCAGAAGUAACGUGAUUGGUCAGUUAAGUAUUUCUAUUGUUUUACUUGAUGGGGGGCGGGCACCUGCCCCCCCCGGCUACCCCCAUGCCUGCAGGACUGCUGCCAGCCAGAGGAGACAUUACUGAGCCUAGAUGGGCCAAUGGUUUGACUCAGUAUAAGGCAGCUUCCUGUGUGGUUUCUUAGUCAUUGAGAGUCUCAGCUUUGGAACAGCCUUGCCACUCUUGGGGAAUGAUGGACUGAAGAAGCUCAAGCAGCUUGUUGUUCUAGAGCAGGGGUCAGCAAACUUUUUCAGCAGGGGGCCGGUCCACUGUCCCUCAGACCUUGUGGGGGGCCGGACUAUAUUUUGGGGGGGAAAUGUACGAAUUCCUAUGCCCCACAAAUUACUCAGAGAUGCAUUUUAAAUAAAAGCACACCUUAAAAAGGUAAAGGGUAAAGGGAACCCUGACCAUUAGGUCCAGUCAUGGCCGACUCUGGGGUUGCGGCGCUCAUCUCGCUUUAUUGGCCGAGGGAGCCGGCGUACAGCUUCCGGGUCAUGUGGCCGGCAUGACUAAGCCGCUUCUGGCAAACCAGAGCAGUGCACGGAAACGCCGUUUACCUUCCCGCCGGAGCGGUACCUAUUGAUCUACUUGUACUGUGACGUGCUUUCGAACUGCUAGGAUGGCAGGAGCAGGGACCGAGCAACGGGAGCUCACCCCGUCACAGGGAUUCGAACCACCGACCUUCUGAUCAGCAAGUCCUAGGCUCUGUGGUUUAACCCACAGCACCACCCGCGUCCCCUAAAAGCACACAUUAUGCUCAUGUAAAAAUACCAGGUAGGCCCCACAAAUAACCCAGAGAUGCAUUUUAGAGAAAAGGACACAUUCUACUCAUGUAAAAACACGCUGAUUCCCAGACCGUCCGUGGGCCAGAUUUAGAAGGUGAUUGGGCCAGAUCCGGCCCCUGGGCCUUAGUUUGCCUACCCCUGUUCUAGAGCAGGCAUCUCCAAACUCAGCCCUCCAGAUGUUUUGGGACUACAACUCCCAUCAUCCCUAGCUAACAGGACCAGUGGUCAGGGAUGAUGGGAAUUGUAGUCCCAUAACAUUUGGAGGGCCAAGUUUGGGGGUGCCUGUUCUAGAGAGAGCUGGCCCCGCUAUUAGGCAGAAGGAAGCAGGCACCUUAGGCGGCAAAUGCUAAGGCGUGUUGUGUGCCAUGUGAACCCUAAACUGGGCUCCUGCCCUCAGGUGUGCUGUAGGAGCCUGUUCUUCAACAUGUCAAGGACCGACCCAGGUUCUGGGCAACCCAGAAGCUCCUCCUAUCUGACCUCCCUGUGGCUUAUUUCUUGAAUCAUUACUACAAGAGCAAGGACGUGGCUUUAUUGCACGUAGCCAAAGGCCUUAGCAUCCUCUUCGUACGUACGCUACAUAAAUAAGCUAUCAAGCAUUACAGUGCACGUUAACGAUAUUCAUAAAAUCGACCGUGAUUAAAACCAAAGUUAAAGCCUCAUAAUUAAACUCCCGUUAUCAGGUCAUAAUUGCUGUGUGCAUGAAUCUUAUUCAGCUCAAUCAAUAGCAGAAUUUGUUUGCCCUUGUUGCUUUUAAAUGAGCACACCAUUUCUGGGCUGCUGUGGCAAAGAAUGCUGCUGUAAUGUAGGUAAUAUGAAGCCGGUUGCCCAUUAGUAGCUCAGUCACAACAUCUUGUACAGUGGUACCUCGGGUUACAUACACUUCAGGUUACAUACGCUUCAGGUUACAGACUCCGCUAACCCAGAAAUAGUACCUCAGGUUAAGAACUUUGCUUCAGGAUGAGAACAGAAAUCGUGCUCCGGCGGUGCAGCAGCAGCAGGAGACCCCAUUAGCUAAAGUGGUGCUUCAGGUUAAGAACAGUUUCAGGUUAAGAAUGGACCUCCGGAACGAAUUAAGUACUUAACCUGAGGUACCACUGUAUUUAUAUGUUGCUUUUCACUCAAAGCGGCUUACACGCAAUAAAAUGAUACUAUUGCAGAACAUCACAGUUGCGACAGAAAUUAUAUAAAACAAUUAAAAAAUCAUCGUUAAAACAACCACCUUCUAUAAAGCGCUAUUAACAAAACAACUUAAAAAUAGAUUAAACAGCACAACCACACGAAACAUCAUAUUAUAAAAUUCAGAAAGCCUUACAGCACUCAUAAUCCACAAAAUAGUCUUAACAACACUAACAAGCAAAACCAAACAAAGCACUGCUGAAUUCACACACUCUCUCCCCAACCCCAUGACUCAUAGUCUUCUACUCAGUUCAUUUAAAAUAAUAAUACUAAUAAUAAUUCACAUAAUGGCCGUGGAAGCAACUUCCUUCUGAAAGCUCUGAGGGCUUCAAGGUUUGGAGGGUGGGGCAAGGCAGGUGGGAAAAGCCAUUGCCUGGUCAUCAGAGCUCCACCCUCUCCUGCCCUGUUCUGUAACUGCAGAUUCACAUUGUUCAUUGUGCCAUUAAGGAAAAGGUGGUUAGUUUAAGAAGGGUACUGCUUCUGAGAAUGUGCAGAGUGCCCCCUCAUCACAGCCCACCCAGAUUCAUCCAAGACUGGGGAGGAAGGCUUCCUGGUGUGAGACAGUGUGAGAAAUGUACCGUAUUUUUUGCUCUAUAAGACUCACUUUUUCCCUCCUAAAAAGUAAAGGGAAAUGUGUGUGCGUCUUAUGGAGCGAAUGCAGGCUGCGCAGCUAUCCCAGAAGCCAGAACAGCAAGAGGGAUUGCUGCUUUCACUGUACAGUGAUCCCUCUUGCUGUUCUGGCUUCUGAGAUUCAGAAUAUUUUUUUUCUUGUUUUCCUCCUCCAAAAACUAGGUGCGUCUUGUGGUCUGGUGCGUCUUAUAGAGCGAAAAAUACGGUAUAUGUUGUCUUUUCAGUUUGCUCCCACAGAAGAGGAAAAUGCUUCUAUUAAUCAUAAAAAUCAUAGGGUUAUAAGAAAAUUGCAGCUGGGGUGUGUAAGGCUAUAGGAAUAUUGCAGCCAGGAAUAUUGCAAUGUUUAAAAGACAUCUGAAGGCAGCCCUGUACAGUGGUACCUCAGGUUAAGAGCUUAAUUCGUUCUGGAGGUCCGUUCUUAACCUGAGGUACCACUUUAGCUAAUGGGGCCUCCCGCUGUCACCGCGCCGCCACCACACGAUUUCUGUUCUCAUCCUGAAGUGAAGUUCUUAACCCGAGGUACUAUUUCUGGGUUAGCGGAGUCUGUAACCUGAAGCAUCUGUAACCUGAGGUACCAAUGUAUAGGGAAGUUUUUAAUGUUUUAUUAUGUUUUUAUAUAUGUUGGAGGCUGCCCAGAGUGGCUGUGGCAACCAAGUCUGAUGGGUGGGGUAUUAAUAGUAAUAAUAAUAAUAAUAAUAAUAAUAGAAUAAAGGUAAAGGUACCCCUGACCGCUAGGUCCAGUUGUGGACGACUCUGGGGUUGCGCUCUCAUCUCGCUCUAUAGGCCGAGGGAGCCAGCGUUUGUCCGCAGACAGCUUCCGGAUCGUGGCCAGCAUGACUAAGCCGCUUCUGGCGAACCAGAGCAGCUCACGGAAACGCCAUUUACCUUCCCACCAGAGCGGUACCUAUUCAUCUCCUUGCACUUUUACGUGCUUUUGAACUGCUAGGUGGGCAGGAGCAGGCACCAAGCAACGGGAGCUCACCCAUGGCGGGGAUUCGAACCGCUGACCUUCCAAUUGCCAAGCCCUAGGCUCUGUGGUUUAGACCACAGCGCCACCCGAGUCCCAAUAAUAGAAGAGGACUUCUCUAUUUUCAUCAGAGAAAUGUUGGAGGGUAUAAAGGUAACCUGACCAUUAGGUCUAGUCGUGGCCGACUCUGGGGUUGCGGCACUCAUCUCACUUUACUGGCCGAGGGAGCCGGUGUACAGCUUCCAGGUCAUGUGGCCAGCAUGACUAAGCCGCUUCCGGUGAACCAGAGCAGCGCACGGAAACGCCGUUUACCUUCCCGCUGGAGUGGUACCUAUUUAUCUACUUGCACUUUUAUGUGCUUUUGAACUGCUAGGUUGGCAGGAGCAGGGACCGAGCAACGGGAGCUCACCCCGUCGCGGGGAUUCGAACCGCCAACCUUCUGAUCAGCAAGUCCUAGGCUCUGUGGUUUAGACCACAGCGCCACCCACGUGCUGUGCCAAGAAGUGAUUCCUUUUGACCCUCUUCCAACCUCCAGUCUGGCAUUAUCAGCACUUCUCUUUUUUGGAAGCGAGCUGCUGGCUGUGGGAGCCUGGCAGUGGGGCAUGUGUUUCGUGCCCACCUCCCACAGCCCCUGAUGCUAUCUGAUGGGCCCCAUAACCUCCCUGGCCUCUGGCAAAACAGCUGCUGCAUGGCAAAGGCAGUCAUCUUUCCCCGAUUCCUGUCCAGGUAUUGGCACAUCUUCCUGUGCUCAGCCGCAAUAAAGCAUCUCCGACGGCUCUGAAUGGUUGCCGGGCGGCAAGGAACAAAGCACUGGGAACCCACCUGGUACCUGUCACAGCCCUGCAGGCGGGCCCAGCUGCAAGGCAGUAAAGGCUGCAGACAUGCCACUGGCAGCAUCUCUACCCAAUGAGGUGCAGGCAAGUUACCCCGGAAUCCGGGUGGUGAGUGGGGGUGAAGGAUAAAGAUGGGCAGGCUUGGUGUGGAAGAAGAAAGGACCAGCCCUGCUGGGUAGAUGGGCCCAUAUAGACUGCUUCCUGCAGCAGCUUCCAGAUGCUCCUGGAAAACUAAUGAACACAGUACAGAGGCAGCAACCCCUCUCUGUUGCACACCCCUCUCCUCCUGCUACUGGAUGCAUUGAAUCCCUUUUCAAAACCCUCCAGCACACUCUGUGGCAGAGAAGUCCGUAAGUUAAUUGCGCCUUGUCAUAAGCAGGCCCUUUCUUUCAUUUUCCUGCAGUGCUCAUGCGCUGCCAGGCAGGAAUUCGCCGAUGAAGCUUUCCCAGAGUGGGGAGUGGCAACCCUUCCUGUUGAAUUACUGCCUGAUCCUGCUAGGUACUGCACAAGAAACUGCGAAAGGUUCUCCUUCUCUCUCUUCUACCUUCGCCCCUUUAUCACUGAGCGAUUAGGGUUGCCAUAUUUCUGACACCCGCAAAGUGGGUGGGAACAAACUCCACACCCCAAUGCCAUUUUUGCACCCAAAAGGGCGUUCAGAGGGUAGAUGCUCUACCACUGAAAUUUGCAGGCAAAUAUUUUCCAUCUGGGAUGUGGGUGGCGCUGUGGGCUAAACCACAGAGCCUAGAACUUGCCGAUCAGAAGGUUGGCGGUUCGAAUCCCCGCGACGGGGUGAGCUCCCGUUGCUCGGUCCCUGCUCCUGCCAACCUAGCAGUUCAAAAGCACAUCAAAGUGCAAGUAGAUAAAUAGGUACCGCUCCAGCGGGAAGGUAAACGGCGUUUCCGUGCGCUGCUCUGGUUCGCCAGAAGCGGCUUAGUCAUGCUGGCCACAUGACCCGGAAGCUGUACACCGGCUCCCUUGGCCAAUAAAGCGAGAUGAGCACCACAACCCCAGAGUCGGCCACGACUGGACCUGAUGGUCAGGGGUCCCUUUACCUUUACCUAUUUUCCAACCAGGGGAAGCAGUGAUCAGGAAGCUGUCCCUGUUGAAUUUCUGCCUGUUGUACAGGAGCCCUGCUGCCGGGAUGAGCUAGUAAUCCAUGAAAACUGACCUGCCUCUUUCCUUUCUUCCUCUUUUCAGGAGUAGAGAAAGCUACACUUGAAAGCCUGACAUAUUUUUUGCUUGCCCUCUGCUGAUAGAAACUAGUACUCUACUUAUCUCUGGGUAGCCUGUUGACAUUUUAUGGAACCCUUACAGCUCUGAUCUGAGAGCCAGUGUGGUGUAGUGGUUCAGAGCGGUGGACUCGUAAUCUGGGGAACCGGGUUCGCGUCUCCGCUCCUCCACAUGCAGCUGCUGGGUGACCUCGGGCCAGUCACACUUCUUUGAAGUCUCUCAGCCUCACUCACCUCACAGAGUGUUUGUUGUGGGGGAGGAAGGGAAAGGAGGAUGUUAGCCGCUUUGAGACUCCUUAAAGGGAGUGAAAGGCGGGAUAUCAAAUCCAAACUACUACUCUUCUUCUUCUGAUCUGAUGUGCUUUUGGGACUAAGUCUGAAAGGAGCAGAGAAACUCAACAAUACAGGGAGUCCCAGGAAGCAUUUAUAUCAAAGGGCUGGGGAUUUCAGCAGGAAAAGGGGAUCUAUUCCAUAUGAUAAAUUAAGGCUGCCCAGUACUGUACCUUUUUUGGGAUAUUCGGCUGCCAUCUCCUGGUGAAAGGCAGAGUAGCAACCAGCUUGCAAAAAGAAGGGCAUCUCUGUGUGUUUAGUUUGUUAACAGGAUACAGCUGUGGACCACACAGUGAUGGCUGGUGCUGUAACCCUAUGCAAACCUCCUUGGAAAAUGAGUCUCCGUGAAUUAAGUUGGCCUUACUGCAGGAGUUCGCAAAUUCAGUCCCUGGAAUCUCCAGGUAUAACUGGGGAUGUUCCCCAUUUGAAACUCUGGUCCGAGACACAUUUCUCUAUACCUGUAAGGAUUCACCUUUGGAGAGGCAGAAACACAUGGGAGCAGUAGAGUACCACUAGCUGGGAAUCAAAAUUGGUGGUGGGGGGGAGAGUUUUGCUUUGCUCUGGUCCUAAUUUUGGGUUUCCCAUAGAAACAUUUGAUUGGCCACUGUGAGAACAGGAUGCUGGACUAGAUGGACCCCCCCCCAUAGGUUAAAGGUAAAGGACCCCUGGACGGUUAAGUUCAGUCAAAGGUGACUAUGGGGUUACGGCACUCAUCUCACUUUCAUGCCGAGGGAGCCGGUGUUUGUCCACAGACAGCUUUCUAGGUCAUGUGGCCAGCAUGACUAAACCGUAUUUGGUGCAACGGGGCAACAGGGCAACGUGAGCGCACAGAAACACCGCUUAUCUUCCUGCCACAGUGGUACCUAUUUAUCUACUUGCACUAGUGUGCUUUCAGACUGCUAGGUUGGCAGGAGCCGGGACAGAACAACAGGAGCUCACUCCGUCAUGCAGAUACAAACUGCUGACCUUCUGAUUGGCAAGCCCAAGAGGCUCAGUGGUUUAGACCACAGCGCUACCCGCAGCCCUUGGACUGAUCCCACAGAGCUGUUCUUAUGGCACCUGUCAAGGAUUAUCCCCUGUGGAUUGUUGUGACCCACUGUCCCUCAAAGUAACUGCUUCCUUUAUUUAACCGCAUAUACCAUGACGUUUUUGCUCCUAAUGUGCAGCUGAAGUCUGCCCUCCUGUCACUUAAAGACCAUUGAUGGGGGCUUAAUCUGCAAAUGGGUUUUUAAAAUAGCACAUGGCUAUUGGCAAUGGUGUGUGCAUGUUUUGACAUUGGAUUAAAUCAGGGGAGGACAGGCUGGCAUUUUGAUGCCAGCAGCAUUGUGUGGACACUGUUUCUUUUCAGUAAUAAUAAUAAUAAUAAUAAUAAUAAUAAUUGCAUAAGGAAUAUCUAUCCCACAACUGACACCCACCUGGAAGCACCCAAGAUUUAAUCCUGUUCUAUGGGGCAAAGAAGAGUUUCCCUUCUUUUGUGUGACCACCCUAUGACUAUUUUAUUACAGAAUUGUAGAGUUGGGAAGGGACACCCAGGGUCAUCUAGUCCAACCCCCUGCAGUGCAGGAAUCUCAGCUCAGAUGGUCAUCCAACCUCUGCUUAAAUACAUCCAAGGAAGGAGAGUCCACAGCUUCCCGAGGGAGACUGUUCCACUGUCAAACAGCUCUUACUGUCAGGAAGUUUUUCUGUCUGUUUAGUCUGAAUCUCCUUCCUUGUAACUUGAAGCCAUUGGUUCAUGUCCCAGCCGCCAGAGCAGAAGAAAACAAGCUUGUUCCCUGUUCUAUGCAACAGUCCUUGAGAUAUUUGAAGAUGGCUUCGUAUCUCCUCUCAGUCUCCUCUUUCACAGGCUAAUUUUAUGGCAGUCAUACUGCUGCAGCAACAUGCCCAUCCCUUGAGUCCAGCUGAAACUAUGCACUGGGUUCUGAAUCCCCCAGGCGGGUAGAUAAUGCCUUGCACAUAUUUUGUGGCCGGGGGAACCGAUUUAGACCCACGACAAGCAAGGCACUCUAGCCCAGUGAUUCCCAAAAGGUAGGCCACCAGAGUCAAAUUAAUUGCAUGAUUAAAUAAUAAUAAUAAUUUAUUAUUUAUACCCCGCCCAUCUGGCUGGGCUUCCCCGGCCACUCUGGGCGGCUUCCAACAAAAUAUUAAAAUACAGUAGUCCGCCAAACAUUAAAAGCCUCCCUAGACAGGGCUGCCUUCAGAUGUCUUCUAAAAGUCUGGUAGUUAUUUUUCUCUUUGACAUCUGGUGGGAGGGCGUUUCACAGGGAGGGUGCCACUACCAAGAAGGCCCUCUGUCUAGUUCCCUGUAACUUGGCUUUUCGCAGUGAGGGAACCGCCAGAAGGCCCUCGGCGCUGGACCUCAGUGCCCCAAAAUAGCCACCUACAGAAGAGUCUCCCUGCUGCAUCUCUGCACGAGUCUCUUAUCUAAAGGGAAGUCGUUCUGCUGUAUCUGAAGUGAUUGAAUCAGCCACACGCUCCUCAAACUUGACAUGAGCCAACAGUGUGACGCGACAGCUAAAAAAGCCAAUGCAAUUCUGGGCUGCAUCAAUAGGAGUAUAGCAUCUAGAUCAAGGGAAGUAAUAGUGCCACUGUAUUCUGCUCUGGUCAGACCUCUCCUGGAGUACUGUGUCCAGUUCUGGGCACCACAGUUCAAGAAGGACACUGACAAACUGGAACGUGUCCAGAGGAGGGCAACCAAAAUGGUCAAAGGCCUGGAAACGAUGCCUUAUGAGGAACGGCUAAGGGAGCUGGGCAUGUUUAGCCUGGAGAAGAGGAGGUUAAGGGGUGAUAUGAUAGCCAUGUUCAAAUAUAUAAAAGGAUGUCACAUAGAGGAGGGAGAAAGGUUGUUUUCUGCUGCUCCAGAGAAGCGGACACGGAGCAAUGGAUCCAAACUACAAGAAAGAAGAUUCCACCUAAACAUUAGGAAGAACUUCCUGACAGUAAGAGCUGUUCGACAGUGGAAUUUGCUGCCAAGGAGUGUGGUGGAGUCUCCUUCUUUGGAGGUCUUUAAGCAGAGGCUUGACAACCAUAUGUCAGGAGUGCUCUGAUGGUGUUUCCUGCUUGGCAGGGGGUUGGACUCGAUGGCCCUUGUGGUCUCUUCCAACUCUAUGAUUCUAUGAUUCUAAAUCAGCAGAAUGACCUGCCCUUGGAGGAGACAUGGGUGCAAGUGACUCAAACAGAAAAUGCAGUGCUGAUUUGAAGGUCGGGGGCAGUUCUGGUUUUUUGUCACGUGCUAAAAGCAAGUUUUUAGUGCUACGAGAAUGAAGUGUACCUCCAAUUUUAAUUUAUAUAAUAUGUGGGCCUUCAUAACCAUAAGUCUGGAGGAGUUUGCCUAGUCACUACUCCCCAUAUCAGUGCUUAGCCUGGCUGAUUCCCGUUCUCAAAUGAGCAACGUGUGCAUGUCUUGAUCACUCAGACACUUCCUAUGCCGGUGUCAUUGGUGUAAAAAGAAACCAGGGGCUUCCAGACUGUUGCUCUUUUCAUGUGAGAUUUAAUCACACACUGGUAUAUUCAGGUUGUGUCAUUAUAGGUGAUUGGGAGCUCUGGCACAGCCAACCCGUUCAUCCAAAAGAUCAGGCCUCUUGCAAUAGGGAAACUGAUGGGACCGUGCACUGGAAAACAUGGAAUAAACACUUGCUUUGAUGCAACAGUUAUGCAGCCUCACAGCAAACAAAUCAGAAUGAAGUCUCCUUAAAUGUCUGAGGGACAGUACUGACUGGCCUCCUGCUGAAAAAGUUUGCUGAGCUCACAUGUCUCUAUGAAUUUCUGAAGUUUUCCCAGUGAGCCAGUACAUAGAUACAUUUAUCAGUGAAUUGUUUAAGUUACAGGUAGGUAGCCGUGUUGGUCUGCCGUAGUCGAAACAAAACAAAAUAAAUAAAAUAAAAUAAAAUAAAUUCCUUCCAGUAGCACCUUAGAGACCAACUAAGUUAGUUAUUGGUUAGUUAUUGGUAUGAGCUUUCAUGUGCAUGCACACAAAAAGAAGUAUCUGAAGAAGUGUGCAUGCACACAAAAGCUCAUACCAAUAACUAACUUAGUUGGUCUCUAAGGUGCUACCGGAAGGAUUGAUUGAUUGAUUGAUUGAUUGAUUUGAUUUGAUUUGAUUUGAUUUGAUUUAUUUAUUUUGUUAUCAGUGAAUUGUUACAUUUGGUAUUGUAAUAAACAAAAAUCUGCCCUUAUUACCUUAUGGGGAACACAAGAGCCCUUAUAGAGUCCUUUGUAGGUUCUCCAUCGGUCGGAGAAAAUAACAGAGGCCAACCAGAGAAUAUUGAGAAGCAAAGCAGCUUGUAAACCUGAUCUUUAUUGAACCGUUGCAACGGGGUGCUCCCCUCACAGGCAGGAAAGGAGGAGGACCCAGAACCAAGGUGUGCCUGCCCUUAUAUAGACAUUUUAAAUUGCUUGCUCUGGAGUCCAAGACCACCCCCAGAAACAUCAUACAUACAUCACAGAAAGGGGUGUAGCUCAAGACCACUCCCCAGAUACAUCAUACCUACAUCACAGAAAGGGCGGUCUACAACAGAAAUAUGAGUGUGUUGUUUACCUCCUGUCUGACAGACCUGUUAAUGGUCACUUGAUUGGAUACCCUGGGGAGCCUGGCCAGUCUUUUGUAAUAACAAAUACUUAGUUCCUGAGCCAGGUCACAGGCUCACCCUAUUCAUACACAGACAUACCCUUAAGACAGGAUUUGUGAACAAAAAGACAAUGGGGAGGCUUUUCCAUUUUCCUUCAACCUUGCAGAGAAAUAUUUGAGGUCAAUUUGAGAGGGACAAAAUGGUUUCAGGACUUUUUCUGUGGGGUUUCAGAAAUGUGGUUUAUAUAUGCAGUUACGAACAUUAUAUAUAUAUAUAUAUAAUCACCUUGGCAACAAAGGUCCGUAUAGUUAAAGCUAUGGUUUUCCCAGUAGUGAUGUAUGGAAGUGAGAGCUGGACCAUAAACAAGGCUGAUCACCGAAGAAUUGAUGCUUUUGAAUUAUGGUGUUGGAGGAGACUCUUGAGAGUCCCGUGGACUGCAAGAAGAUCAAACCUCUCCAUUCUGAAGGAAAUCAGCCCUGAGUGCUCACUGGAAGGACAGAUCCUGAAGCUGAGACUCCAGUACUUUGGCCACCUCAUGAGAAGAGAAGACUCCCUGGAAAAGACCCUGAUGUUGGGAAAGAUAGAGGGCACAAGGAGAAGGGGAGGACAGAGGACGAGAUGGUUGGACAGUGUUCUCAAAGCUACCAGCAUGAGUUUGACCAAACUGCAGGAGGCAGUGAAAGACAGGAGUGCCUGGCGUGCUCUGGUUCAUGGGGUCGCGAAGAGUCGGGCACGACUAAAUGACUAAACAACAACAACAACAAAUAUAUAUAUAUAUGACUUUAACUUUUUUAUUUCAGUAUUGUGCAGCAGAGGCCCUUUGAAUAGAUAGGAAGAAACUGUGGUGAAGUGUUUUGUGGGGACAAAUCACAAAAGUCACAAAAGUGAUGGUGCUGAUUUUGGUAGUUGGCUGCAUGUGCAUGAUAUCUGCUGGAGGGGCAACACACACACCCCAACCUAUACAUAAAUUCCUGCAACAGCAAAUAUGGCUGGAAGAAACUCCUUCCUGAAACCUGGAGAUGCCAGGAAUUGAACCUUGUGCAUGCUCUGUCAUUGAGCCACAGCCCUUUGGUCAUGCGUAAGUGUCCACAUUGCACCUUACUGUUAAUGUGCAUGCAUUCAUAUGGAUAUGCAUGCCAGAAAGAGACAUCUGCUAUCCGAUCAGGCAUAUGCUAACUUCUACAGACCACUGGGGAGAAAAAUGCUGAGGAAUGACAACUUUCGGAGUUCACUCUGUUGUAAACAAAAAUUGCCCUUUUUCCUUAUGGGGUAUCCAAGAGCCCAUAUAGAGUCCUUGGUACCUAUUGGUAGGAGAGAAUAACAGAGGCCAACCAGAGAAUAUUGAGAAGCAAAGCAGCUAGUAAGCUUGAUCUUUAUUGAUCUGUUGCAACAGGGUGCUCCCCUCACCCACAGGAGAGAGGAGGGACCCAGAAAAAUGGCGCGCAUGGCCUUAUAAAGACUUUUGAAAUUGCCACCUUGUAGAUCAAGACCAUCCCCAGAAACAUCAUACAUACAUCACAGAAAAGGUGGUCUAAAACAGAAAUUUGAAUGUUGUUUUUCUCCUGUGGUUGUUUAUAUCCUGUCUGGCAGGUUACUUGAUUGGACUGCCUGGGGAGCCUGGCCAUUCUUUUGUAGUGAUGAAUACUUAGUUCCUGGGCCAGGUCACAGGCUCACACCCUAUUCAUAUCUUAAAUGUGCACUUUAGACAGGAUUUGUAAGGAAAGAGACAAUGGGGAGGUUUCCCACUUUGACCUUGCAGAGAAAACAUUUGCUCUGUUUCGGAGUCAAAAUGGUUCCAGGUCAGUCUUCCUGUGCUGAUCUAUGCACGUGCUUGGUUGGUACGCUUAUGAACAUUACCAUAUAUCUAAGACAUCAAAAUUCCUAUCACAACUCUAACAACAUUUUAACAAGACAUAGCCAAGGGACGAAAAGAAAUGGUUGUGUGUGCAGUGAUUUACUGGAGAUUUAAGACCUAUAAUUAGGGAACAAACCUAGUAAAUAUAAGGACUGUUGGAACAUCUGUUAAAAAAAAAAAAAAGCGCAGGAACUUACAUUGCUCCAUUAGAAAAAAAUGACAGUUAGUCAAUACUUUUAUUAGUACCAAUCCAAAGGUCACAGAAUAGAGAAAGAGGAGAGAUGGAAUCUCAAAGGUACAUAAAAACAAGCAUUUAGAGUGCUGUCCUAUAACCAGAUACUUUGGAGUAAGCUCCAGUUAAUCUCAAUGGGCAGGUAUAGGAUUGCACCGUUAAUGGACCAGAUAAUCUUCCAAAGUUAGGCACUUACAGUGCAACCCUACUAAGGCUUGUAUAUUCACAGAUGUUCGUCCCACUGAGUUCAAUAGGACUUACUGUCUAGUAAGUGUGCUUAGGACUCCAAAGUUGGAUUGUGCCCUAUGUCAUGCUCUGAUUCAUUUUGCAACAGAAGACAUUGUAAUAAGACAUUCCCUAGCUAAGUGCCCUUAAAGAAGCGUGUCUUCAAAAAGCGUUGGUACAUUAAAAUAUUAUUUUUACACAUUUCUGGGUUUUCAGCUCACCUCCCCCCCUCCACUCCUUACAAAACAGUGAGCAAUAUUUUGAGUUCUCCAGAACUCUUCUUCAGGCUAGAUAUUAAACAAAUGAGUUAUGGGGUGGGGGGAAAGAUUCUAACAAUGUUGUGGCUGCAAAAGUUGAUUCAAGACAAGCUCUUUAAAGAACAGCCAUCCUGAUUCGUUUGUACAAAGUUUGCAGGAAGAUUAAACAACAGGGGUGGGAUGAGGGGGGGAGCUGUGACCUCCAGUUGUUAUUGGACUCCAACUCCCAUCAGCCCCAGCCAGCAUGACCAGUGGUUAGAGAUGACGGGAGGUGUAGUUCAACCACAGCAGGACGGCCAACCUGUUCCCCAUCCCAUUUUACAACUUUCCAGCUGCAUAUUGAUGGUUGGUUUGCAGGGAGAUCCUAUGAGUGGACUUCCAGUACCACUUUCCUUAUCACAAAGUUCUCUGUUAGCGGUGUUGCUGCACAAGUACCCGUAUUUUUCGCUCCAUAAGAUGCACCAGACCACAAGACGCACCGAGUUUUUGGAGGAGGAAAACAAGAAAAGAAAUGUUCUGAAUCUCAGAAGCCAGAACAGCAAGAGGGAUCGCUACGCAGUGAAAGCAGCAAUCCCUCUUGCUGUUCUGGCUUCUGGGAUAGCUGUGCAGCCUGCAUUCGCUCCAUAAGACGCACACACAUUUCCCCUUACUUUUUAGGAGGGAAAAAGUGAGUCUUACAGAGCAAAAAAUACGGUACUUGAAUCCACAUUAAUUACGCAAGCUGAAUUUGCCUGUAAGCAACUGGAUAGUCCCACCAGCAAAAUAGUCUGCUGAUACCUUCCUCUUCUGAGUGCAGUGGUACCUCGGGUUACAGACACUUCAGGUUACAGACGCUUCAGGAUGGGAACAGAAAUUGCACAGCGGCAGUGGGAGGCCCCAUUAGCUAAAGUGGUGCUUCAGGUUAAGAACAGUUUCAGCUUAAGAACAGACCUCCAGAACGAAUUAAGUUCUUAACCCAAGUUAUCACUGUAGUACUGGGGUCACCAGUGUGGCACCAUGGUGCCCUCAGUUCCCUCAUAUUUUAAAAUAUUUUAAACACUUUUUUUCUGGUUGGAAUAUUUGUCUGUUUGUGGUAGGAGGGUCUGUGUUUUAUUUUUAUUUUGGGGGGAGUGAAAGUGCUUUGCACCCUUCUGUGAAAUGGGUAUUUUUUUGUACACACAACAAUUUCCAAAUAUGCAUCCUGGCCUAUGCUGGCAGUAACCAACAUGCUAGCUGGGAGAUCCUUUCUCUUCCCAACCUACCCAUCUGCAUCACCCCAAAAAUAUUGCCCAUAUUGAGUUCUGGGGGAAUGCCAUUAUCUCCUUAUCAGAAGCCCUGUCAAAAGGAAAUAUAUUUAGAUCCUCUGCUGCAACAACUGUCCAGUUAGUGCACUGAAGAAAAAUCCUCUGUAAAAGCUGUUGUUAUUUAGGAAUUGAGAAAGAUUAUGAAAACCCAGGUAACUACAAGUAUCCAAUAAGCUGAGCAUGGCAGGCGUCUGGGGAUAUUUAAGAAGGCAGGGGACAGACUUUUCCUUCAAUCUGUCCUGUAGUUUGUAGAACAAAGCAAAAUAUGCUUUCUCACUCACUGGGAUGCUAAGGUUCACUCAUCUUCUCCCUCCAGUUUGUAAAAAAAACCCAAAAAAACACCAACUUGUUUCUACUGUUACAGUUCUGUGCAUACAAUAUUUGGGAGUUAACCCCACAGUACAGGUAAAGGUAAAGGUAAAGGGACCCCUGGCCAUUAGGUCCAGUCGUGACCGACUCUGGGGUUGUGGCGCUCAUCUCGCUUUAUUGGCCGAGGGAGCUGGCGCACAGCUUCCAGGUCAUGUGGCCAGCAUGACUAAGCCGCUUCUGGCGAACCAGAGCAGCGCACGGAAACGCCGUUUACCUUCCCUCCGGAGCGGUACCUAUUUAUCUACUUGCACUUUGACGUGCUUUCAAACUGCUAGGUUGGCAGGAGCAGGGACGGACCGAAUAACGGGAGCUCACCCCGUCGCAGGGAUUUGAAGCGCUGACCUUCUGAUCGGCAAGUCCUAGGCUCUGUGGUUUAACCCACAGCGCCACCCGUGUCCCCAGAACCCCACAGAACAAAACGCAAUUUACUUCUGGUUCAACAUGCCGGAUUUUGAGAGAGAGAGAGAGAGACACAGAGAGACAGAGAGAGAGACAGACAGAGAGAGAGAGAGAGAACACUGCUUUUCAGGAUGGACAAAGAAUACAUGUUUCAACCUCAAGGACAUGAACGGUGAACAUGCUACAGUAUAUGGUGAACAUGUCAAAAGAUGACCUGCAGUUAUAUCAGUGAACAGAAGGUGGCACUGCUGCUCCACCGAUGUGGCGCAACAUGCUCCGGUUGGGAUGCUUCCGAGCAUUCUGGGUGGGUGAGGGGGAAAGAGAUGUGGGUGUCACAGAGGCCUUGAGAUUGCUCCUUACAUGCUAACUAUGAAGGAGCAAGGGGAGGCACCCUGUGAAGUGCCAGGUUUGUGGUUUUGGAAUACCAAGACUGAGCCCUUGAAUAAGUGCAAUAAAGCAUGCAUCUGAGAACGUGCAGAGUGCACCCCCACACACACACCGCUUAGCCAGUUCUGUCUUACAUCGAGGACAUGGAAGGAGUAUAAGGCUAAGCAUUUCCAUCCAUCCCCUCCUUCUACUCCUCUGGCAAAGCUCCUGCAUCUUUUAAUAAGCAGAAAUUCAUCAGGUGAUGCUUUUCUUGGCGUGAUGACUGGAAAAGCUCUACUUGCUAUUCUUCCCACCUGUUAAGCGGCUUUUAUAAAGGCGAUGGAGGGCAGUGGCGGGGGGAAUUGGUGAAGCUUAAGCAGGCUUGAAUCUCAGCACCUAAAAAGACAAUCCAUCAUGGUGGGAGUGGUUCAGAAUAGAGAAACUGGGAACCAAACAGAGUCAUAGAAUCAUGGAACUGUAGAGUUGGAAGAUGGGGUUGCCAGCUUUUCAACUGAACUCUGCCGCUCUGCUUUUAACAGUGGCUUAAUGUGCAGGAGGGAUGCGUGUGGCGCUGUGGGUUAAACCACAGAGCCUAGGACUUGCCGAUCGGAAGGUCCGCGGUUCAAAUCCCCGCGACGGGGUGAGCUCCCUGCUCCUGCAGUUCGAAAGCAUGUCAAAUUGCAAGUAGAUAAAUAGGUACCGCUCUGGCGGGAAGGUAAAGGGCGUUUCUGUGCGCUGCUCUGGUUCUCCAGAAGCGGCUUAGUCAUGCUGGUCACAUGACCUGGAAGCUGUACGCCGGCUCCCUCGGCCAGUAAAGCGAGAUGAUCGCCGCAACCCCAGAGUCGGCCACGACUGGACCUAAUGGUCAGGGGUCCCUUUACCUUUUACCUUUAAUGUGCAGGAAUCCGCACAUUAAUGUGCAGGGAUUGGCAGAUGAAGAAGCUUCUCAUGGCAAGAAUUCCUUCAGAUCAAGCUGCUUGUUACAAGUCCAGCUAAAGAGUAGAGCUGAAUAUUGAGAAAACCUCCCCCCCCCCAUUAGCCAACUUUUCAUUUUUUAACAACACCCUGCUUCUGUGCCUCCAACUGCAGGCAUAAGUAGACAAUAAUGCUUAUUUGCAUGCUCCCUAUUGAUUUCUGGAGAUCAAGCUUAAACAACAGCCGGUCAUGUGGUAUCUUAAAGAUUAUCAGAUUUUAUUUAUGGCAUAAGCUUUUGGAGACAAGAGCCUGUGUUAUCGGAAGCAUGAAAUGUUAUCUUUAGCUGGUAGCUAAAUAUUAUAUCCAUGGAUGCAAAAAAGAAGUAUCAUGUGCCAGCCCGGCUUGUCCCCCCCCCCCCCCCCGGUCAUUUGGAAACUCUACUAUAGUUGUGCUAACCUGGCACCCUCUGGAGCAGCUGUUCUCAACCUGUGGGUCCCCAGAUGUUGUUGGACUACAACUCCCAUCAUCCCUGAGGUCUGGCCUUGCUAGCUAGGGGUGAUGGGAGUUGUAGUUCAACAACAUCUGGGGACCCACAGGUUUAGAAAGGCUGCAAGGUUUUGGACUAUAGCUCUCAUCAUCCCUGACCGUGGGGCUGAUGAGAAUUGUAGUCCAGCAACAUCCCAACAUCUGAAGUUCAACAUCAAAAAAACGAAGAUCUUGGUCACUGGUCCCAUCACCUCCUGGCAAACAGAAGGGGAAGAAAUGAAGGCAGUGAGAGAUUUUACCUUCUUGGGCUCCAUGAUCACUGCAGAUGGUGACAGCAGCCACGAAAUUAAAAGAUGCCUGCUUCUUGGGAGAAAAGCGAUGGCAAAUCUUAAAAAGCAGAGACAUCACCUUGCCAACAAAGGUCCGUAUAGUUAAAGCUAUGGUUUUCCCAGUAGUGAUGUAUGGAAGUGAGAGCUGGACCAUAAAGAAGGCUGAUUGCUGAAGAAUUGAUGCUUUUGAAUUAUGGUGCUGGAGGAGACUCUUGAGAGUCCCAUGGACUGCAAGAAGAUCAAACCUAUCCAUUCUGAAGAAAAUCAGCCCUGAGUGCUCACUGGAAGGACAGAUCCUGAAGCUGAGGCUCCAGUACUUUGGCCACCUCAUGAGAAGAGAAGACUCCUGGAAAAGACCCUGAUGUUGGGAAAGAUGGAGGGCACAAGGAGAAGGGGAGGACAGAGGACGAGAUGGUUGGAUAGUGUUCUCGAAGCUACCAGCAUGAGUUUGACCAAACUGCGGGAGGCAGUGGAAGACAGGAGUGCCUGGCAUGCUCUGGACUAAACAACAACAACAUCCCAAGAGCACCAAGUUGGGGAAGAGUAGCUAAAGAGCUACUUGAAAGAGCAAACUUCCCCACCUCCCAUCAACAAGUGUAGAGAUGGUCAAUGAUUCUAAGUGGCAACUAUACUAGGAUGCUAUUUUUAUGCAAAUGAGUGAAUGCUUUUAUGUGUAUAAAAGCAUAGGAGCAGAAAGCAUCCUUAUAUUUGGAAUUAAUUAAGCCAGAACAAUUUUCACUUUAGCCUUCCGGCCACAAAAACAAAUUAAAAGCUGUUUUCAGCCAUAAGGGACAGGAGAAAUUCCAAGCAGCUUGGAUUGUGUUGUGUAUUGGCCCUCCUGGCUUGCCGUAUCAGAAUGUUAGGUCUUGGGUACUGUGCUUUCAGUUUUGCCUUGCAAGCUGCAGUCUGAAGUGGUCUUUUACUCCAUAACCCUCUUAUGUAUUAAAGUUAUUUGUGAUUGUCCAUCCUAUUCUGUGGGCUUUGCUGCAGGAUGCAGUUUAUUGAGUACAAAUACAUGACGUUGACAGCUGUGUGACAGGCAGAUAUUCAGCAGGUAACGCUCACCCCCCCCCCCCACACAUUACCUCUCCAUGCUGCAAAAAGCUUCACUAAUUUGUACAGGCAGCACAAUCAAUAGGCACCAUGCCUUAAUGCGUUCAGUACAAAAAGAAGAGUCUCUGCCCUCAAGGAGCUUACAGUACCAAUGCUGGCAGUGGGUGAGACUCAGAGAUAGGGCUAGCACUGAAUGAAAGUGAGCAGAUGCCAUUUUGUGAUGCACUGAAACUUGGCUGCAUCUGGAGAUGAGGAUUAGGGCUAAAAUCAAAGGUUCCGUGGAAAAGAUGAAAUGUGAGGAGGGAUCUGAGGCAGGAGGCGAUGCAGCUGCUUAACACAGCAUGCAGACUUCCUCAGAUUUCUUUGUCUUUUUUCAACCAUUAGAAUCUAAUGGUCUUUUCUUUGUAACCAUUAGAAUCCAAUCUAUUCACUUAACUAGUUGCUGAAAUGCUGAGUAAUAAUAGAGCUUUAAAAGCGCUAGAUGGGCACAAGGGUGUGGAGAAAUGGGAGGAUUAGAAAAGAGCUAAUGAAGAAAGGAUCUUGGCGAUUUUUCAAUGAAACUUGCCUCCUCCUCGGAACCCUAGCACAGGAUAAGCAAUUCAGGGUUGGGGUUAUCUUGAUUGAUGGCAGCCAUUCUAAUUACCGUAUUUUUUGCUCUAUAAGACUCACUUUUUCCCUCCUAAAAAGUAAGGGGAAAUGUGUGUGCGUCUUAUGGAGCGAAGGCAGGCUGCGCAGCUAUCCCAGAAGCCAGAACAGCAAGAGGGAUUGCUGCUUUCACUGCGCAGCUAUCCCUCUUGCUGUUCUGGCUUCUGAGAUUCAGAAUAUUUUUUUUUCUUGUUUUCCUCCUCCAAAAACUAGGUGCGUCUAGUGGUCUGGUGCGUCUUAUAGAGCGAAAAAUACGGUAGCUGAGUUUCAUUUUUUAAAAUUCCUUGCCAGCCCCAAAGGGAAUGAUAGAAUUUUCUGGAAACCUAUUGCAAGGUUUUUUGGUGUGGGUCAGGUUUAAAGGUGUGGUCCCUCUUUCCUUCCUUUAGCUGCAAAAAGGGUGUGUGUGUGUGUGUGGUGGGGAUGUUCUGUCUGAACUGGAAGCAAGGGGUUUCUACAUUAAAAGCUUGUGUUCCAGCACACUUUGUAUUACAAACCAAAACACACACACACACACAAUGGGCUUGCUGGUUUUACAUUAGGACUGCAAUAUUAAAGUCAAUUUCUAAACCACAGAGCCUAGGGCUUGCCGAUCAGAAGGUCGGUGGUUCGAAUCCCCGCGACGGGGUGAGCUCCCGUUGCUCGGUCCCUGCUCCUGCCAACCUAGCAGUUUGAAAGCACCUCAAAGUGCAAGUAGAUAAAUAGGUACCGCUCCGGCGGGAAGGUAAACAGUGUUUCUGUGCGCUGCUCUGGUUCUCCAGAAGCAGCUUAGUCAUACUGGCCACAUGACCCGGAAGCUGUCUGCGGACAAACGCCGGCUCCCUCGGCCAAUAAAGCGAGAUGAGCGCCGCAACCCCAGAGUCGGUCACGACUGGACCUAACGGUCAGGGGUCCCUUUAACUUUUUACUAGUGAGUGAGCCCUACUGACCACAUGGAUAGAAUGGGGCUGCAGGUAAUCGCCCCAUUUUCCCUGGGGUCAGGCAGCAUUUCCCUUAUGGAGGGGUAGGGAACCUUCCCCCCACCCCCACCCCCCAGUCACAUUCCAUAUGGAUAAUCUUCUGGAAGCUGCUUUCUAGUGGUGGGUGAGCUCAGAGCUGAAAGUAGGAAGGUGAUUUCUUUUGGGGGGGACAGAAAUAAGUUCCCUCCAUCUAGUCCACUGAUACUCAAACUCCAGUUAGACACACACACACAGUGUGUUUUAAGUGUGCUUUAGACAAUUAAGCCACCCCAUUAGAUGCACAACCAUCCCAUGAUCUCUUUCUCCUUCCAUCGCCCCAGCCUCCUGCAACCCUGCCAAUGACAUCACAAUGACAAUGACAUCACGGUUGCAGGCGGUUGGAGGAUGGAUGGUGGCUAACAGAUUGAGGUUGAAUCCUGACAAGACAGAAGUACUAUUCUUGGGGGACAGGAGGUGGGCGGGUGUGGAGGACUCACUGGUCCUGAAUGGGGUAACUGUGCCCCUGAAGGACCAGGUGCGCAGCCUGGGAGUCAUUCUGGACUCACAGCUAUCCAUGGAGGCGCAGGUCAAUUCUGUGUCCAGGGCAGCUGUUUACCAGCUCCAUCUGGUACGCAGGCUGAGAACCUACCUGCCCGCAGACUGUCUCGCCAGAGUGGUGCAUGCUCUAGUUAUCUCCCGCUUGGACUACUGCAAUGUGCUCUAUGUGGGGCUACCUUUGAAGGUGACCCGGAAACUACAACUAAUCCAGAAUGCAGCAGCUAGACUGGUGACUGGGAGCAGCCGCCGAGACCAUAUAACACCAGUCUUGAAAGACCUACACUGGCUCCCAGUAUGUUUCCGAGCACAAUUCAAAGUGUUGGUGCUGGCCUUUAAAGCCCUAAACGGCCUCGUUCCAGUAUACCUGAAGGAGCGUCUCCACCUCCAUCGUUCCGCCCGGACACUUGAGGUCCAGCACUGAGGGCCUUCUGGCGGUUCCCUCACUACGAGAAGCCAAAUUACAGGGAACCAGGCAGAGAGCCUUCUCGGUAGUGGCACCCACCCUGUGGAAUGCCCUCCCACCAGAUGUCAAAGAGAAAAAUAACUACCAAACUUUUAGAAGACAUCUGAAGGCAGCCCUGUUUAGGGAAGCUUUUAAUGUUUAAUAGGUUAUUGUAUUUUAGUGUUUGGUUGGAAGCCGCCCAGAGUGGCUGGGGAAACCCAGCCAGAUGGGCAGGGUAUAAAUAAAAAAAAAUUAUAUUAUUAUUAUUAUUAUUAUUAUUAUUAUUAUUAUUACUACAGUGAGGGAAGUAGCUAAGGAUCCAUUGGGUUACCUUGACAGCCCCAGCACCGCAUUGCAAGGAUGCAAAGGAAUCCCCAUUGGUUGCCCUGUUUAUUUCAGUUCAGGCAAAGGGGUGCACUGGGGCAGGUUAGUGCGCAGAUGGCAUCAUUGAUCAAUGACCUCUUUGCCCCCAUCCCACCAACUUACCGUGUUAUGAACUGCCCAGAGACCUUCGCACGAAGGACAGUGCAUACAUUUAAUAAAUAGUAAUAAAUAAUAAUAAUAGCAUCACAACUACAGGAGAUCCAGGAAACGGAGCUAACUGAAUUCAUAUGUUCGCUAGCAAGAACAUCCCAGGGUGAAAAUUUGCGUCUUGGCCUCCCAGAGGCUUUUGCAAAUGGUUCCUUGUCUGUUUGUCCUUCUCCGCCAACUGGCCGCAGACAGCCUUGAAGGCUCAGCGAAACAAACCCGUCUAGACUGGAGGGAGUCACUCGUCAACUGAAAUAAUAUGCUCUGCCUUAACGUGUGACAAAUAAACAGCCCCUGCCAAAGGGAGAGAAUGCCAGAUACACUUCAGUCGGGGGGGGGGGGGAUUAAAUUAAAGACCCAUAGGGAAGGCAUGGCUCCGAUUGCAGCCAAGAGCUUGUUUGCAAGCAGUGCGGUGGGGUGUGCGAUAUACAUAUUUAAAAUAUUGUUAAGAUUGCCACCCGUGGGCAGGGAUUGCCGUUUUGCUUGUUUUUGUUUUGGAGAAUGCCAAGCGUAACAUACAGCAUUUUAAUAAACUAAAAAUAAUAAUGUUUUUCUAAUUUUAAUUUGGGGGCUGUUUUUAAUCAGCCUCUGGAUGAUUUCUGGUAAUGCGUUUCAUUCUUUUAAUAUAGAAGCUGCCAUGGGAGGGGUGGGGUGUUUUUUUAAAAAACCCUUAAAGGUGGCUAAUAAAUAUUUUGGAUAAAUAACUGAACAAGCUAAAUAGAGAUUGCAAACAGUGGGGGUGGGAAAUGAUAAGGCCUAGUGUUCACUGAGGUGGUCAACCCUUGACUGGGCUAUAUUAAUUCAGAAGGAGGGUGUGGUUUCACACAACUGAAUGUUUCACCUUACAAACAUUUUUUAAAAGCCCUUAGCACAGAGCACUGGAGUUCCAUCGUACCUGAUAUAUUCAUUUACUACGUGGGUUUUCUAAAACACAGAAUUCAGUCAGGUCAGCCACUUCUUGCAGUUUGAAGGGGUACAGUGCAGUCUGAGAAAAAGGCCUUAGAUUUCACAUGCUUCUUAGGUUUUGCCUUAAGUACCAGUUUUAAAAAAGAUAUUAAAGAAAAUCAGAUAUCCUGGAAAUCAGGAUAUCUGAUGGAGAAGUCCUGCCUCAGCCCAGACAAAGGUUUUGGGUGUUAAGCUCUGGUUCCUCAAGGAUGAGAAACCUUACAUAUGAUGAGAAAUUAUCUUCGAAUGCUCCAGGACUGAGCAGAAUGGUGAGCAUUGUGAACUUGUUUAGGGCAGUGGUCUUUCUUGGGGACAGAGCCUCGCUCCUUUCUUGAUGAAGAAAAAGAAGAAAAGCAAAAGUCCUGUUUACCUAAAGGUAAAGGUACCCCUGCCCGUACGGGCCAGUCUUGUCAGACUCUAGGUUUGUGCGCUCAUCUCACUCUAUAGGCCAGGAGCCAGCGCUGUCCGCAGACACUUCCGGGUCACGUGGUCAGCGUGACAAGUUGCAUCUGGCGAGCCAGCGCAGCACACGGAACACCGUUUACCUUCCCGCUGGUAAGCGGUCCCUAUUUAUCUACUUGCACCCGGGGGUGCUUUCGAACUGCUAGGUUGGCAGGCGCUGGGACCGAACGACGGGAGCGCACCCCGCCGCGGGGAUUCGAACCGCCGACCAUGCGAUCGGCAAGUCCUAGGCGCUGAGGUUUUACCCACAGCGCCACCCGCGUCCCUUCCCGUUUACCUACCUGGAUUCAAAUCCCAGCUUCAGCCAUAAAGCGCUGUUAUAAGAAUUUUAAGGUCCCGGACAUAAAAUAAGCGUUCAUAAAUGUACAAGGCAAACACAUACAUAAGUAUAUAAACCGCGUGUCUGAAAUAGUACAGGAGAGCAAUCCUGAAACCAUUUUGACCUCAAAUAUUUCUCUGCAAGGAGGAAGGAAAUGGGAAACCCUCCCCGUUGUAUUUUGCUUACCUGUCUUAAGGAUGUAUUUGUGUAUGAAUAGGGUGAGCCUGUGACCCAGAUUCAGGAAUUAAAGUAUUUACCAUCACAAAAGAAUGGCCAGGCUGCCCAGAUAAAGCAAUCAGUGACCAUUAACAGAUACCUUGGCAAUCAGGAUUUCUGCUGUAGACAGCCUCCUGUGAUGUAUUUCUGCUGUAGACCCGCCUCCUUUUGUGAUGUAUGUAGGAUGCUUUAGGGAGUGGUCUUGAGCUACAGGGUGGGCAAUUUCAAGAGUCUAUAUAAAGGGCUUGCGUACCAUUGUUCUGGGUUCCUCCAUGCUCCUGCAUGUGGUGAGUGGAGACCCUGUUGCAACAGUUUAAUAAAGAUCAGGUUUACUAGCUGCUUUGCUUCUCAGUAUUCUCUGGUUGGCCUCUGUUGGCCUCCUACCGAUAGGGAACCCACUUUAGGACUCUUGGAUAUCCCAUAAGGGGAAAGGAGCUCGUUUAUUCUAUAACAGCGCAAUUGGAGAAUUUGAGUCAAUCACGUUCUCUCAUCUUAACAAAUCUCAUAGGGUUGUUGCAGGAAUAAAGGAGGGUAGUCCCGUCCAUGGACACCCCAGCCUUGCUCCUUUGUGGAAAGGUGGGAUAUAAAUGUAAUUAGUUGUUGGCCUCUGUCUCGGGAGACCUUGGAGGAGUGUGCCUUUGGGGGUGAAGUCAAACCGCUGGAGAGUUACAGUGCCUGCUUUGGCUACAGAGACUGACAUGGGAGAGACAUGUUUUGUUGCAGCUGGGGCAGGCUGAUGUCUGGUUGUGCUGCUGUGCAGGCAACCCACGAUUUGCACAGGGAUUGCGUUUGUCCCCUGUGUGCGCAUAAGCCCACCCCACCCUACCCACCCAUUACUCCCUCUUUAAGGUCUAAAAUGACCCGCACAUCAGCUGCCCCGUGUCAAUUGAACAUGCAUGAAAGGGUUGCCGCCUAUAGUAAUAGUACAAGCAUGCAGCAGUUUGAUCAGAUAUUAUCCAGAGUUUGCAACUAACAGCAGUGUGGAGGUGCCCGGUGACUAUGGCAGAUAACCAGCCACAGAUGCAAAUGAGCAGGAUUGUGCAAGCUCUAACCCUAAAGCAUGACGCACAUGGGAUAUAGUGUUCUUUAUUCCUACGGGGAGAAGAGUUCCGUGAAGCCCAAGUUCCAGUGGAAGCCGGAAUGUAUUGAUUAAUUAAGUCGGAAUGCAUUGAUUAAUUAAACAACUUUGUAAAGUAUUCCCACCCCAUAAUAGAAAUCUGGAAGAAUGUCAGCAGUUCCUCCAAGACCAUGUGGACUUAUGAGAGACAAGAAAAACCGAAGGGAGGCUUCCAGAACCAGGAAGGAUAUCAAAGUGUGUGCCAGUCAGAUGGGAGGAGUGAUCCCUGACCAGGCAGAUGCCAUUAACAGAAUGGCAGAUGUCUUAAACAGGUAAAUUGAUCUAUUUGAUUGUGUCAUCUCUGAACCAGAAGGGAGAAACAAAUUGCAAGUCACACACAGAAUAGGCUGUCAAAAGUUCCAGAGAAUUCCUACUUCCGAGUUUCUUAUUUUACUCACCCGUUAAAAACACCCCCACCCCUUUUUGCAGCCCUACCUAGGAAUGUGGUUUGUUUAAAUGACUUGGGCAAAAUGUGACAGUGCUAGAAACCAACAGUUUAGCAUCUCCUGGUAAUCCUGUUUUUGUGCUGUCAGUUCUGGGUCUACAAAAUUCAAAUUCUGCUGCACCAAGCAAAGUGGAAUGGGUCACUUGGCGUAAUCGUAACAGCAAGCCUACGUCUGUGUACUCAGAAGUGAGUUCCAUAAAGUUCAACAAACUUUACUCCCAGGUAAGUAGGUAAGGAAGCCUAUUUCUUGUUUUGGUACUUGCGCAAAAUGCAUAGAACCCAAAUGCCCCAAGCCCUGGAACUGUCAUUCCACCUCUUCUCUGAUUUCUGCAGGUAUUUCAUACAUAGCUCCCAGCUCCAUGGGAUAUACAGCUGUUGUGGGUAACCCACCACCACCAAGAAUCUAAAUUCUGCACAAAAUUAUGUACUUUUCCUCUAGAACCGGGGUAGGGAACUUCUGCCCAAGAAGUGGAAUGUGGUUGUCUGUCCAGGUAUCUCUGCAUCACAGGCCUUGGGGUUCUUCAUCCGCCUACUCUCCUCAAUGCCUCUUGCUUGCCGGAUGGUGUGGGGGGGGGUAAAUCUCUAACUUUUGAAUGGGCGGAAUGUAGCCUAUGAAAGAUUAAGAGUGUCACACCCAUUUUCCUGCCCCCUGUUGCCUCUGGCCUUCCCACCACUGGUGUGAACCCCCCCAGCCAAUUAUGCAGGGGGGGAUGUGACCUUAGGCUAAAAAAGACACCUCAAUCACAACCAACUCCAAGUCCUGCCUAAGACGUCAUUACCAAGGCAAAGUCCCACCCAAAGAGAAGUACUGCUUUGGCGCUUGUCUUCAGUUAUUUCAGCAGCUGAUCUGUUGGUACUAUGCUUGGGAAGUAGUUAAUAAAUCCUUAAAAGCAGGGGCAGUAGCAACUGUUUUGGGUCCUGAACACUCCUGCUCAAGUUGCAGAAAACAGUGCAGUAAAAGGAGACAGAGAUAAUGGCUGCAAUUAAAGGUAAAGGUAAAAGACCCCUGACAGUUAAGUCCAGUUGCGAACGACUCUGGGGUUGUG